AUGCGAUUUAAGAAAAGAUACCUGUUAUAUGAGCUGAUCCCAGGACAUCACCACUUUGAGUACAAUCAAAUCCGUUCGGCUGUUACCAAUGCCAUACAAGAAGCCCAUGGAGACUACGGAACUGCCGUUCUAUGUCACACGCUGCGUGUCCAAGUGUACAAUCAGGAAACGGCCAUUAUCAUGAUCCGAGCCCGUUUUGGUCAGCACCAUCUUGUACAAAGUGCCGUGUGUUUCAUCAAACAAAUUGCUUCAAAAAAUGUUUGCUUCAGAGCUUUACACAUUGGAGGAACCAUAAAGUCUACAGAGAGAUUCCUUAUAAAGCAUCACAGACAAUCAUUAGCACCAUUAUUGGCACAUUGUAAAACAAAAGAAGAAAGACAAAAAAUCCAAAGUGCAAUCCGAGAUAGCUGUUCACAUGAAAAGAAAUACAUCCCAAGCCAAAAACGAGGCUCCUUCAUUGCUGACGAAAUUGAUGAAGAUGAUAGUGAUCUGUAA